AUUGGCGGGAAAAGUAGAUGAAAAUGGCGGGAACAUUUAAUAGGGUUACAUAUAGAAUGUGAAUGGUAUCCCCUAUGAACUUUCAGUUAAAACACCCAAAUUUAAUCUAUAAUCCAUAACAUCUCCCUUUGUGAUCAAAGAAAGAAUCAAAAAAAUGUUUGGAACCAGUCAAUUGGAUUCAUUCUCUGGUGGAGGUUUUAUGUCUUCUCAAUCCACUCAAGGCGCCGAUCCUUCACGCACUUCCGCUAAGAGUCGUGAUAACCCACCUCUGCUUCCGCUAACAGUGAAACAGAUAAGCCAAGCAGUUCAAUCAAGUGAUGAGAAAUCUAACUUUGUUAUUGAUGGUGUCGAUUUGAACAAUGUGAGAUUGGUCGGGAUGGCAUUUAAAAAAUCCGAGAGAGUGACAGAUGCGGCGUUUACAAUUGAUGAUGGCACUGGUCGCAUUGAAUGCACUAGAUGGGUGAAUGAUGCUGUGGAUACCAAGGAAGUGGAGGAAGUAUCGGAUGGAAUGUAUGUCCGAGUCCAUGGACACUUGAAAGGUUUUCAGGGUAAAACACAACUAGUGGUCUUUGCUAUCAGACCUAUAACUGAUUAUAAUGAGGUUGCUACCCACUUCCUUGAAUGUAUCUACGUCCAUCACUGCAAUAGGAAGCCACAGAGUGGUCUCUCUGUCUCCACUCCCAGCCAAACUGAUGUGCUUGCAGCAGUUAGUGUCCCUUCAAGUGGAUACAACUCCAAUCAAUUCUCUGGAAAUUUGAGCAUUGAUGGACUCAAGGGCAUAGAAAAGAUUGUAAUAGAUUAUUUGGAACAGCCGUCCUCACUUGCGCAGGAGAAAGGGAUACACCGGAAUGAAAUUGCUCAACAACUUAGAGUUCCUUUGGAGAAAAUCAAGGAAGCAAUAGAAUCUCUUGAAUCGGAAGGGCUGGUUUACUCUACUAUCGAUGAAUGUCACUACAAGUCGACAAGUGCUUAAAGCUUUGCUUACUUGCUCAGGGAAUCAGAGGAAAGAUCAUCGUUAGCUUGAACUCAUCAAAUAUAUCAAGUUUUAGGAGCUGAUUUCUGUAAUCGCAGUCUAGCUUUGAAUUGGAGUCGAUUUAUGGACAAACCUCCUGCGAGAAGUUUGUUUAUUUUUAUUUUCAUGAGUCCUGAAUCUGUUGCCACUCCUGUUUUGGUGUAAAGAAUUAUCCAUGGAUAGAGAUGAGCAGGUCUUUAGCCCUGCAAUUAUCUCCAACGGAAUGAUGCUUUAGGCAGACCAAGUAGUGGAACAACCCAGUUAGAGUCACUUUGUGUGCUCAAUGUUUUCUUCUUUCCUAUAUUGGUCGAACUAUAACCAUGUCUUUUUUGUUGAGAGCAUUGGUCAA